UAUUCUCCACACUACUUCACUUCAGUUCAUCUUCAUCUUCCUCCGUCCGCCACUCCAAACUCAAAACGAUGUCGGUCAUGGAGUCUCUCAUCCUCCAACUCCACGAAAUCUCCGCCGUCAAAUUCGGAAACUUCAAGCUAAAAUCCGGCAUCUCCUCCCCCAUCUACAUCGACCUCCGUCUCAUCGUCUCCUAUCCCUCCCUCCUCCGCCAAAUCUCCGCCACCCUCAUUUCCUCCCUCCCCUCCUCCACCCGCUACGACUCCGUCUGCGGCGUCCCCUACACCGCCCUCCCCAUCGCUACCUGCGUCUCCGUCUCCAACGACAUACCCAUGCUCAUGCGCCGCAAAGAAGUCAAAGACUACGGCACCUCCAAGGCCAUCGAGGGCACCUUCACGCCCUCCGAGACCUGCUUAAUCAUCGAGGAUCUGGUCACCAGCGGCGCCUCCGUGCUCGAGACGGCGACGCCGCUGCGUGCCGCGGGCCUCGUUGUCAAAGAUGCCGUCGUUUUAAUCGAUAGAGAGCAGGGCGGACGGGAGAAUUUGAAAGAGAAUGGGAUCGAAUUGCAUUCGAUGAUAAAGUUGAGUGAGAUGGUGAGGAUUUUGAGGGAGAAAGGGAAGUUGGAUGAGGAGAUGGAGAGAGUGGUGAUGAAGUUUUUGGAGGAGAAUAAGAAAGUGGGGGUGCCCAAUGUUGGGAUUAGGGUUAAGGUUAAGGGUUUGAGAUACGAGGAGAGAUUGAAAUUGAUGAAGAAUGAAAUGGGGAAGAAGCUGUUUGAAGUGAUGGCGAAGAAGGAGAGUAAUUUGUGUUUGGCUGCUGAUGUUGCCACUGCCUCUGAAUUGCUUCAAAUUGCUGACAAGGUUGGACCAGAGAUCUGCUUAUUGAAAACCCAUGUUGAUAUAUUGCCUGAUUUCACCCCUGAUUUUGGUUCCAAACUCAGAGCGAUUGCAGAAAAGCAUAAUUUCCUAAUUUUUGAAGAUCGGAAGUUUGCAGACAUUGGCAAUACUGUGACUAUGCAGUAUGAAGGAGGUAUAUUCCGCAUACUGGAUUGGGCUGAUAUAAUUAAUGCUCACAUAAUUUCUGGACCUGGAAUCGUUGAUGGACUGAAAUUGAAGGGUUUGCCUCGUGGUAGGGGCUUGUUGCUGCUCGCUGAAAUGAGUUCAGCUGGUAACCUGGCAACAGGAGAGUAUACAGCUGCAGCUGUGAAAAUUGCUGAGGAGCACUCUGAUUUUGUCAUCGGCUUCAUCUCAGUUAAUCCAGCGUCAUGGCCAGGGGCACCGGUCAAUCCGGCAUUUAUUCAGGCAACCCCUGGAGUUCAAAUGGCAAAGGGUGGUGAUAAUCUCGGCCAGCAGUAUAAUACUCCACAUUCUGUCAUAUACGAUAGGGGCAGCGAUAUUAUCAUUGUGGGUCGUGGAAUCAUAAAGGCAGCGGACCCUGCAGAGGCAGCUCACGAAUACAGACUUCAAGGAUGGGAUGCAUACUUGGCUAAGUGCUCCUAAACACCAUCCCGCUCCACCCCUGGGCUACAUAACAUGCUUGUAUGUCUUGGUAAUGGACAAAAAGUUGUGUUAUCACAUUGGAUGUGUUUUUGAGUGCAACGUA